UUCGGGUUCCGACACAAAAUAAGCGCUGGGCCCCUUCUCUGCUGCUCUUCCUCCUCCCUCCAUUGCGCCCCAGGGGCCCCCAGGAAGAGAGGGUCCCUCGCCGCCCUCCCGAAGGGGCUUAGAGACGCCCGGAGAAAGCGGGCAGGGAAGGAGAAGGGCCCAAGCCCGGGCGCCCUCCCUGCCUGCCUGCCUGGCUCCCUUUUGCACUGAGGGAAGAGGAGGAGGAGGCGGAGGGAGGUUAAGCAAACCCGGAGCUGGCCCAGCAGGACCUACUUUCCUCUCUGAAAAUGGCUGCCUCGGUGAACACUUUCUGUCCAAUUUCUUGAGGCCCUUCGCUGAGGAGAGAGAAGGAGGAGGAGGAGGGAGGAAGGACGGGCAGAGAGAGAGGGGAAAAGGCAGAGGGUUUUGUGAGGGGGAAGAGGGAUGCUCCUUUGAACGCUGGAGCUGAAGGGGCCGAAGAAGGAGGAGAGGAAGGAACAAAUGCACCGCCGCCGCCGCCGCCACCAUCACCGCCACCCUUUCCUAUUUCUCCUUUCUGGAUUUUUUGGAUAAUGGUUUCUGCUGCCUCUUGCUUGCCGGCUGAGGAGGAUUUCUGGAUCACCUUGUAGAAAAGGAGGUCUCUUGAAGACAGGAUGGAUGAUCAGAAACCACCCGGUGAGGACAAAGACUCUGACACACCAGCAGCAACAGCAGCAGAAGAAGGUACAGCAGAUGGGCUUGAGUCCUCAGAAGAGAAGGGUAGUGUGGAAGCUGAUCCCCUGAAACCACCAGAAGAGGGCCCUGUGAAAGAGGAACUGGAAGAAGCAGAAACAAAAGAGCAAGCGCUUCCAGAUACCUGCAGUUCUCCACCCAAACGCUGUGCAUUCUGCAACUGUAGCAAGUGGAGUCUGCAUGGGCAGCGGGAGCUGCUGCGUUUUGAUCCUGCGCCUGGUUGGUCGGAAAACCUUUCCAGCCCACUGGAAGGGAAGCAGUCAGGCUCUUCGCCAGAGGCUGGAAGUGAUGAUCUGACCCUGAUUGGCUUUGCAGAUGGGGUGUCAGUGCGGGAGGUGUUUGAGUCAACAGGGCACUUUUGGGCUCAUCACUGGUGUGUGGUUUGGUCAGUUGGAGUUCUACGUCCAGAGGGAUCAUGGCUGAGCCUUGUGAACAAAGCUGUCAUCUCAGGGAUUACACAGAAAUGUGAACACUGUAACAGGUGGGGUGCUACCAUUCCAUGCCAUGCAGAGCGGUGCCAGCGCCACUAUCACUUCCCUUGUGCAGCGGCCAGUGGCUGCUUCCAGUCCAUGAAGAGCUUGAAACUUCUGUGUCCAGAGCACCUAGACCAGGCUGUACAGAUGGAGGAUUCCCGCUGCAUGGUGUGUGACGCCCCAGGGGAGCUGCGUGAUCUUCUCUUCUGCACUAGCUGUGGUCUGCACUACCAUGGCACCUGUUUGGAGAUUACAGUAACACCACGCAAACGCUCAGGCUGGCAGUGUCAUGAAUGCAAAGUUUGCCAAACCUGCAGGAUGUCUGGUGAAGACAGCCGGAUGCUAGUGUGCGAAGCUUGUGAAAAAUGCUAUCACACAUACUGCUUGAAACCAGCCAUUGAAAGUGUGCCCACAGACUCCUGGAAGUGCAAAAGCUGCCGUAUAUGUUCUGAUUGCGGCCUCCGCCCAUCUGCACUGGAUCCCAGCUGUCAGUGGUAUGAGAAUUACUCUCUGUGUGAAGGAUGUCAAGAGCAGCGUUGCAAGAAUGUAAACAGUACUGAAGCCACUGCGGUACAGCACACCCAGGAGCACAUUUCUCCAGAAAACAGCAUCCCCACUGGUGUCUUACCAGAGAAGCUGGUGUCUCCUCAGCCACUGGAGGAAACAUGUGUGGCCAGUGAGGGGCAGCCUGAAAGCAGUGUUGGCUCUGUGAGUCUCCACCCAGAAGAGCGGGGGAUGUUGGAGUGUGGUGAGAAGCCUGUUGAUGUAGACACUCCUCUAGAAGUAUCCGAUGCGGAUCCAGGGGCCCCUACAGAGCAGGAGCAAAUGGAAGUGGAAACCUUAUUAGAGCCUGAAAAAGCUCCCUGUCCACCACCCCCUCCUCCGGUACCACCAGACCCGGUGCCCCCUACUCAUCCUGAGGGGUCAUGUCUUGGUGCCAAAGACCCUGUUCCCUUUGAGUUGCAGCCAAGAGAGCCGGAACCCACAGAGAACCAUACUGGGUCAUCACCCUCCACGCAGGAAACAGAGUCUUCUCCAGUGAGCCCUCCUCCAUGUGCUCUCAAUGCUGCUUCCCCUGAAGCUGCUGAGGUGGAAGGAGAAGGGCCCAGUGAGGAGCCCAUGGACACCGAGAUGGAGGUGCCAGUUCCAGACAGCACUAUCAGCAGCAGCGCCCAGCCCAGCCAAGAGGAGGAAGAGGAAGAAGAGGAAGAAGAGGCAGUAGCAGCUCCUAAGAUGGAUCUUGAAGAAAGAUUCUCCCCACAACUAAGUGAGGAGGAGGCACCAGAUGAAGGGCCUGCCACAUUGGGACCAGAGCCAAAUGAUACUUGCCUCAGCUUUGCUAGUGAAACUAAGUGCUCUCCUUCCCCUGUGGAGGCAGACCUGCUGGGGAGCACAUCCACCCCAGUGGAGGCCUAUGGGGCUGCCAACCCACUAGAGGGAGGAGGAACAAGUGGUGAAGAAGAAGCAGGACCACCACCCCCGACACCCUUGAGGCCCCACCACUUGGUGAAAUCGGAUAUUGUUAAUGAGAUCUCAAACCUGAGCCAGGGUGAUGCCAGUGCCAGCAGUUUCCAUGGCUCAGAGAUCCCGUUUGCCUCUCCUUACCAUGAAGGUGGGGGUUCUCUUUCUCUGGAGAUGACUGGCCUGACCUCCACAGAUGUCAGCCUGCAAAGGGAGGAUGGCGCCUCUUUGCCCAUGGGUGAGAUGGAUGACUCCUUGCCAUUCGAUGUAAAGGGCGAGUGUGAGAAGGGACGACGCCGUAGUUCCCCUGCCCGCUCCCGGGUCAAGCAGGGUCGCAGCAGCAGUUUUCCUGGGAGAAGACGGCCUCGGGGAGGGUCUCACGCAGGCCGAGGGCGGGGCCGGUCACGGUUGAAAUCCACCACUUCCUCCAUCGAGACACUGGCGCUUGCUGAUAUUGACAGUUCCCCCUGCAAGGAUGAUGAUGAUGAUGACGAUGACACAAUGCAAAACACAGUGGUGCUCUUCUCUAAUACAGACAAAUUUGUAUUGAUGCAGGACAUGUGUGUAGUGUGUGGCAGUUUUGGUCGUGGGGCUGAGGGCCAUCUCCUGGCAUGUUCCCAGUGUUCUCAGUGUUACCACCCAUACUGUGUCAACAGCAAGAUUACCAAGGUGAUGCUGCUCAAGGGCUGGCGCUGUGUGGAGUGCAUAGUGUGUGAGGUGUGUGGCAAAGCAUCCGACCCUUCCCGUCUGUUGCUCUGUGAUGACUGUGACAUCAGCUACCAUACCUAUUGCCUGGAUCCACCUCUCAACACAGUGCCCAAGGGUGGCUGGAAGUGUAAAUGGUGUGUGUGUUGCGUGCAGUGUGGAGCAGUGUCACCUGGCUUCCAUUGUGAGUGGCAGAACAACUACACCCACUGUGCUCCCUGUGCCAGUCUUGUUACCUGCCCCAUUUGCCAGGUGAAGUAUGUAGAGGACGAUCUUCUAAUCCAGUGCCAGCAUUGUGAGCGGUGGAUGCAUGCUGUGUGUGACAACCUGUUCACUGAGGAGGAAGUAGAGCAGGCAGCUGAUGAAGGAUUUGACUGUACAUCGUGUCGGCCCUAUGUAGUCAAGCCUGUUGUUCCAGUUCCCCCUCCAGAAAUUAUCCCAAUGAAGAUCAAAGAGCCAGAGCCCCAGUAUUUUCGAUUUGAAGGGGUCUGGCUCACAGAAACAGGCAUGGCAGUGCUGCGUAACCUGUCCUUGUCGCCACUACACAAGCGCCGACCACGCAAGACAAUGCCAACUAUGCCUAGGCUGGUCACCCUUAAUGGCGAGGGUGGGCUGGAUGGCAUUGAUCCUCUGGGCCAUGAUGAAAAAAAGGACGGUGAUGCAGAGGCAGAUGAGAUCCUAAAAGCUGAAGUCAGUGUGGAGCAUAUGGAAUGUGAGAUCAAAUUGGAAGCACCUGCUACCCCCGAGAGGGAAGCUGCAGCUGAUCCUGAAUUGGGGAAGGUGUUGUUGGAGGACUCUGAGGAGAUCAAGAAACGGAAGCGGAAGCCAUACCGCCCAGGUAUUGGGGGGUUCAUGGUGCGACAGCGGAAAUCACAUACACGCUUGAAAAAGGGCUCGGCGGUUGUGGCUGAAGCCUCUCGUGAAGUGACAGGUGCUGAAGGGCACCCAGAAGAGGGUAUGUGUCCAGGGGUUCAGACCAACCAAUCUGCUGAAGUCCCGGCAGAGUCCAUCACUGAGCAGGGAGUGGUUGAGGGAGAUGAAAAGAAGAAACGUCGGGGGAGGAAAAAAAGCAAGCUGGAGGAUAUGUUCCCUGCCUACCUCCAAGAAGCUUUUUUUGGAAAGGCAUUGCUGGACCUGAGUAGAAAGGCCUUGCUGGCAGCAGGUGGUGUCGGUGGGGAUGGAACUGCACACCCUCCCAUUGGUCAGGGGGCUCCCAGGCCUAAGAUGGAUUCUACCAUUAUCCCUAAAGGGUCGACAGAUGGGAAAGAGAAUUCUGUUCAGCCCAAAGGGGAUGAAUGUGUUGACAGCAGGGAGGCAGCAGCUCCAGAAAACAACUUGAAAACAGCUGAUGCCAAGAUUGAAAAUACCGGCACAGAGGAACAGAUGGUCCCCAAGAUCUCUCCAGACCCUACAGGUGCCGAGAACCCAGCCACACCCCCGGGGGAGGGGGUGCUCAGCUCCGACCUUGACAAAAUCCCUACUGAAGAGCUACCCAAAAUGGAGAGCAAGGAUGUUCAGCAGCUCUUUAAAGAUGUCUUGGGAUCCACUGAGCGAGAGCAGCAGCAGCUCAAUUGCGUUGGAGCAGAAGCUGAAGCUGGGGGCAUUCGUGACGCAAACCGCACACAUCUUGCCCAAAGACCAUUCCUGCCAGGUGGUGGUGUCUCCCUUGGGCCCUUGCAACCAGCUGUGUCCAUGGAGACUUACUCUGGAGUUUGCCAGUCUCCAUUUCUUGACAGCAGGGAGCGGAGUGGAUUCUUCAGCCCUGAACAGUGUGAGCCUGAGAGCCCUUGGGCCAGCAGCUCUGCUGCUUCCACACCCACCACACCCACCACAGAGGGGGAAACUGAUGGGCUGUCAUAUAACCAGCGGAGUCUGCAACGCUGGGAGAAGGAUGAGGAACUGGGGGAGCUGUCCACCAUCUCACCAGUGCUGUAUGCCAACAUGAACUUCCCCAAUCUCAAACAGGACUACCCAGACUGGUCUAGCCGUUGCAAGCAGAUCAUGAAGCUCUGGAGAAAGGUGCCAGCCCCAGACAAAGCCCCUUACUUGCAAAAGGCCAAAGAUAACCGAGCAGCCCACCGCAUCAACAAGGUGCAAAAGCAAGCUGAGAGCCAGAUCAACAAGCAGACCAAAGUCGAGGUGCUGCGGAGGCCAGACCGCCCUGCUUUGCACCUGCGGAUCCCACCCCAGCAGGGGACGUUACCUGGUACCACUCAGCCACUUCCACCUCCUCUCCCUGCUGCCUCAGCACCAGGACAGCCCAUCUAUGUCAACAAUGCUGCAGCUCUGUCGAGUGGGCCAGGUGUGGAGUCUCCCAGUGAGCUCUUCCUCAAACUUCCCUCUUCUACCACCAGUGCCCAGCCCCCAGCGCAAGUGCCUUUGCACGAGCCCUAUGGCAUGGCCUCUGCUUGCCCUCCACCAGAUCCAGGGUUCCCUUCUCCUUCUUUGGUGGGCCAGAGUCCAACAGUGCCAGCCAGCUUUGCCUCCACCUCUUCUUCUUCUUCCUCCUCCUCAUCCUCUGGACAGUCCCCGCUCCUAUUGAACUCUCGUCAAGGCCCGCAGCCUGGGGAGUUCCAGCCCACCCCUCCGGGGACUCCGAGGCACCAGCCUUCAACACCGGACCCCUUCCUCAAACCCCGCUGCCCCAGUGGGUCCUUUGAAAACUUGUCUGUGCCUGGAAGCCCGCAGCGAGCGGCACUCCUGCUUUCGCCGCCACCGUUUGGGGAGCAGAAGAAAGUGCUGGACAUUAAGAAGGAAGAUGUUGGGUCUGGGAUCUGCUCUCCCAGCUAUGGCUCCAGCUAUAGUGACUCCCCUUCCGGUGUUCCCCAGCCCCAUGAAAUGAAGGCUCCAGAUGUCUUCAAAGCCCCACUCACCCCACGUCCUUCUCAAGUGGAGCCCCAGAGCCCAGGUUUGGGGCAUCGGCCCCCAGAUACUCACCCUGUGGCUGCUUCUCCCCCCAGUCAGGCUGAUCUCUACAGGCAGUCCCCAUACCCAGACCCCUAUGCCCAGCCUCCCCUAACACCUAGGCCUCAGCCCCUGGCCCCAGAAGGCUGCUGUCCUCUGCCCCCUCGUUCGCUGCCCUCAGACCCCUUUUCACGAAUCCCUGCCAGCCCUCAGUCCCAGUCCAGCUCUCAGUCACCUCUCACUCCCCGACCGCUCUCCAACGAAGCCUUCUGCCAGUCUCCUGUCACCCCUCGCUUUCAGUCCCCUGAUCCUUAUUCUCGUCCUCCUUCACGGCCACAGUCUCGGGACCCAUUUGCCCCAGUGCACAAGCCCCCUCGGCCUCAGAUACCAGACACCAGCUUCAAGCAAAUGCCUGUCUCCCAUAAUACCCUUGCUGUGGGGAAUUUCUCAACAGGACCUCCUUCUGCUGAGUCCCACCCCAAAGCCAGCCAGCAGCCUCAGUUUGCCCGUUCUCCUGGUGCCAAUGUCUUCCCGAAUGCUCAGCCCCAGAUUCGCUUCACUUUCCCUCCAAAUGAUCCAAUCAAGAAUUCCCCUUCCCAUGGGACAAACAACCAUUUUACUCCUGGCAAGCCCCAAAGCACAACCUAUGUAUCCUCACCAGGGUUCCAUCAAGCUGGGAGUCCCCUAGGGCCCAGCAAGGGCACCCCAGACUCCUACAAUGUCUCCCCACUCCGUCCUCCAUCAGUUCUGCCCCAGCCGCCACCUCCUCAGCAAGAUGGCGCCUUGUCCUACCUACCACGAACAGGCAUGGUGCCAUCAGGUGACAAGAGGGAAGAAGGAACAGUAGGACCACUUAAUAGGGAGCUGCAAGAACUUCCAGCCAGCCAAGAGGGAACUAUCAACAGUAACAGCACCCAAACAGAGAUGGAGAAACAGCGGCAGCGUCAGAGACUGCGUGAGUUGCUCAUCCGCCAACAAAUCCAGAGGAACAACUUGAGACAAGAAAAAGAGAGUGCAGCAGCUGCAGCCACCAGUGCCCAGGCAUCAUGGAACACUGAGAGCAGUGGACAAGCCUUUGAGCAGAUGAACCGCAGCAUGACCCCGUAUCCUUCGGCCCAGGACAAAGGAAUGCUUAGUACUCCGGGGGACAGCCUAGGUGGCAGUAAACUACCCAGUGCAGUGAUGGUGCAGUCUCCCUACAUGCAGGACGAGCGACUUGCCCGUCCCCCUCCUGCAGCUACCCCUUCUACCAUGGAUAUCAAUGGCAGGACAUCAAUGGUAGCGGCACAGCCAUUUUAUCCCCGCAGUGUCUUCCAGGCCCAGUCUCCACAGCAGCAGAUGUGGCAGCAGCAGCAGCAGCAGCAGCAGCAGCAGCAAGCAAUUUCCAUGCGUCUCCCUGUCCCUUCACGCUUUCCACAGCUCCCCACUCAAGAUGUGAGCCGCCAAGCCCUGGGAGGCUUAGCCACACGGCUGCCAGGCACUGGUGAACAGAUCCAGGCUUCAGCAGGCACAGUGGGAGCUCAGUUUAUUGAACUGCGGCACAACAUCCAGAAGGGAGUCCUUGGGAGUGGAGCUGGAGCUGCUCCCACAUUCAUCCAACAAAAUCCACAAGUUAGGCCCAGAUUCUUCUUUCCUGGGAAUGAUGGCUGUAAUCAGACUUUGAAGACUUCUGUUAUGCCCUUGCAGGCUCCUGCCCUAGGAAGCCAAGGCAUGCCAGUUCAGAAGAUCCCUAUCUCCCCCUCCUCUCAAGGGUCAGAGAUGAGCAACAACCAUCACCCCCAAGCCAAGGCUGUGCCCCAGUUAAUUCUUCCCCCUAGCAACUUGGAGAUACAACAAAUCCCUCCUCGACCACUCUCCUCCUCCGGCCCUAAAGAUGUACCUAUCCCAACCCCAGCUGCUGUUGAUACUACCCCAGUUGUCAGCAAGAACCAGUUAGGUCUGUCCAGUAGGCCAUUGCCUUGUGAGGUGCCAGUAGAACCAGAUCUAGAUGAUGACUUUGAUUCUCACAAGGAUCUCGAGGAUGACGAUGAUUUGGCUAACUUGAGUCUUGAUCCAGAUGUUGCCAAGGGUGAUGAUGAUCUUGGAAACUUGGAUAACCUGGAGACCAAUGACCCACACCUUGAUGACCUUCUGAAUGGGGAUGAGUUUGACUUGUUGGCCUACACAGAUCCAGAGCUGGACACUGGGGACAAGAAGGACAUCUUCAAUGAGCAUUUGCGUUUGGUGGAAUCUGCCAAUGAAAAGGCUGAACGUGAGGCUCUGCUCAAGAAAGAACCAUCUACUGGGCCUUACGUCAAGGACACUUCGUCCACUGCUGCUGGGAAGCCUGAUGAGCAGAAGGCACCAUCUGUGCCCAGAGAUGAUGGUCUAAAAUCUAAAGAGGGAUUUGGCCUCCUCCAAGUUCCCUGCUCAUCUUCUGCCGGGGUGAUGCCAUCACCCAUCCUCACAAACUACAAGGCCCAAAGUGGCAUGGUGGAUAGCAAGGGAGUUAGCCUUCCAGCUGAUAUCAAGCCCAAGAUAGAAGAAGGCUGUCUGAAGUCCUCACCAUGCCAAUUUAGCUCCAGCACCUCAGACAAGCUUCCCAUCAAAUCUGAAGGAUCUGAGAAAAUGGUUGCCACCUUAGCAGUCAACAUCAAGCCCAGCCAGAACCUCAUGAGCCCAGGUGGGAUUCGACUUGGCAUCACCCAGUUCCCCAGCAACAGUCACACUUCCCUCUCAGAUAAAGUCCUCUAUGGCACCCCAAGCCGCCCACCACUCACUCCUGUCCAGAUGACCAACACCAGUAACUCUAUCUUGGAAAAAUUUGAGUUAGAUGGAGGGCCCUUGAACCUCCCUAAUACUCAGCAGCACUCUCCAGCUGAUGACCUGGACAAGAUGGAAAGCUCUCUGGUGGCCAGUGAACUGCCUCUCUUAAUCGAGGACCUGCUGGAGCACGAGAAGAAGGAACUGCAGAAGAAACAGCAGUUGUCUGCUCAAAUGCCAGGAAGCUCCCAGAACCUUCAGCCCCAUACUGUGUUGGCUCACGCUACACCCCAUUCCCAAUCUCAUGAUGGGCAGCUGGUGAACCCACAGCAACAGCUUCAGUUGGGCCUAGUGGCCAGGCAACAGGGUAUGGUAGUCAACCAGCAACUGAUGCAGCAGCAACAGCAACGUCUGGCUGGUCCCCAGCAAAGCCAGGUACUAGCGCCACAUAUGGGAGUGGCUCAGAACCAAGCUCAUAUGCUUGCUACUCAGCAUAGCAUCCAGGCAAUCCAUAGUCAACAAAACCACCAGCAGGUUUUAACUCAGAAGCCCAUGCCUGGAGUUCAGCCACCACCACCGCAGCAGCCGCCACAGCCACAGCAGCAGAUGAUGGGGUUAAAGCCCCAACAAGUUGUGAUGCAACAGCAACAGCUGGCUAACAGUUUCUUCCCUGAUACAGAUCUGGAUAAAUUUGCUACUGAGGACAUAAUGGAUCCUAUUGCCAAGGCCAAGAUGGUGGCUUUGAAGGGUAUCAAGAAGGUCAUGGCACAGGGCAGCAUUGGAGUGGCUCCUGGUAUGAAUAGGCAACAAGUUUCCCUCCUGGCUCAGAGACUGUCUGGAGCUUCCUCUUCAUCUGAAAUGCAGAAUCAUAUCCUACCUGGCUCUGGAGGACAGGAACGGAGCAGUGACCCAGCACAGGCGCGUCCAAACCCACCCACUUUUGCUCAAGGUGUCAUCAAUGAUGCUGAUCAACGUCAGUAUGAGGAGUGGCUCUUUCACACACAGCAGCUUCUCCAAAUGCAACUGAAAGUACUGGAGGAGCAAAUUGGCGUGCACCGCAAGUCCCGCAAGGCUCUGUGUGCCAAGCAGCGGACAGCUAAAAAGGCUGGUCGUGAGUUCCCAGAGGCUGAUGCUGAGAAGCUCAAGCUGGUGACAGAACAGCAAAGCAAGAUCCAGAAGCAACUGGAUCAGGUUCGGAAACAACAAAAAGAACAUACUAACCUCAUGACUGAGUACCGCAACAAGCAACAGCAGCAUCAGCAACAAACCUCCACUGUCCUGGCCCUCAGCCCCUCUCAAAGUCCCCGCCUCAUGGCCAAGCUUCCCAGUCAGCUCCUUUCUGCACAUGGCCUCCAGCCAGGACCCCAAGGUCUGACAGGCCAGGCAGGUGGCUUACGCCUUCCUCAGACUGCUACUAUGGCGGUGCAGCAGGGCUUACCAUUCAUGGGGCAACAACAGGCAGCUGGGGGCACCAACACCUUUUUCCCUAGCAACCGCCUCUUGCAGGAGAGACAGAUGCAACAGCAAAGACUGCAGCUGGCUCAGAAGCUGCAGCAGCAAAACCUCAUAGGACAAGUGUCGAUGCAGCAACAGCAACAAAACCUCAUGGGACAAAUUCCAAUGCAGCAGCAACAGCAACAGCAACAGCAACAAAACCUCAUGAGCCAAGUUUCGGUGCAGCAGCAACAUCCACACCAAAGCGUGAUGGGACAGAUGCCUAUGCAGCAGCAGCAGCAGCAGCAACCUCCACCGCCUCCACAAAGCACUCUAAGCCAGGCAGGCUUGAUGGGACAGCCACCCCCUCCACCCCCCACCCCCCAGCCAGGCCAGAAUCUGCUCUCCAAGCAGCAGGGGUUGCAGAACAACCAACCAGGAGUCAUGGUCCAGCAGCUGUCACCUCAGCAGCAGCAGCAGCAGGCCAUGCUGGGACACUCGGUGCUGCAACAUCAGGGAGUGAUGACUCACGCACAAGCUUCACAGAGGCAAAUGCUGUUGGCUUCCCAGCAGCACAGAACACUGGGUUCUCCUCAGCAGCUGGCACAGCAGCAACAGCAGCAGGUACAAGGGAUGAUGGGACAUCGGAUACUUUUGUCCCCUCAUCAUCAACAGCAGCCACAGCAACCACAACCUGGGCUGCUUGGCCAGCAGCAGAGGACUUUGCUGAAUCAGCAGCAGCAAAACUCUAUAGCACAGCAACAGUCCCUCAUUGGACAAGGGCCGGCUGCUCAGCAGGGCGGGCCAUUGGGCCAGGGGCAAGCUGCUCCAACAGGCAUCUUGAGCCAGGGGCAGGGUACAGCCUCAGAACCAAUUCAGCACUUUUCGCAGCACGGGUCUCUGAACCAGGCGCUGCACUCAAGUCAGGGAAUACAGCCAGCUCCAUCACAGCAGGGCCUAGCUGUCAAGGAACAGCAGGGAGGGCAGGAAGGCAUCACAGGACUGUCCCAGGAGGGGACAGAGGGUGUUCUGCAGCAGCAGCAGCAACUUCGGCCCCAUUUGGUAGGACAGGACUUGGGAGGGCAGGUGCAGAUGGGUGUGCAGGAGCAGCAGGGAAUGCCCAGCCGUGGAACCCCUCUACAGGAGCCAUCAGCUCAGCUGAUGCUGCAGCAGCAUGGGGAACAACAGAAACCAUCAGCUGAUAUGGGCCACCAGGCACAGCAGCUUCUCCUGGGUUCUCAGCAGCAGAGCACCUUCAGUUCCCUGCAGCUACGAAUGCAGCAGCAGCAAAGCAACCACCUUCAGCAGCCACUGCGGACUCUUCUUCCUGUAGAUGGUAUUCUGCAGCCAGAGAUGUCUCAGCAGCAGCAGCAACAACAACAGCAUCACCACCAUCACCACCGUGAUGCAGCUCAACCCCCCCACUUGCUAACUCAGCAGAUGGAACAGCAAGGUCAAGUGCAAAACGUCAUGGCUCAACAGCAAAGGAUUAUGAGUCAAAACCUGGAACAACCUUUAAAAAGCUUGCCAGGCCAGCUUCCGCUCCAGCAGCAGCAGCAGCAACAACUCCAACAGCUGCAACAACAGCAGCAGCAACAUCAACAACAGCGCCUUCAGAGCCCAGCUGGGGCUUCCAAAACACCAGGGCUGAUGGUGCCAAUGCAACAGCAGCAACAGCAAAACAUGAUGGUCCAACAGUCAUCACCCCAAGGCCAAAGCAUCCUGUCCAGCCCUGUGAUGGGUCAGAUCCGUGCCCAGCUUCAGGGUGUCAUAUCCAAAAACCCACAAUUGCGGAAUCUCACUCCUCAACAGCAGCAGCAGUUGCAGGCUCUGCUGAUGCAACGGCACCAGCAGAACCUGCUGCAGCAGAACCAAGCACUGCGUCAAGCCAGCCCAUACCCAGCACAGGGACAGGUCCCACUUGACCAGGGCCAGCCACCCACUCAACAGCUUUCCCUUUUGGGCAAUAUGGGACAGCUUCCCUCCACCAGGCAGCCUCCUGUUACAGUGGCUCAGGUUCAUCCCGAGCAGGGUUUUGUGGCAUCUGUGGAACAGCACAGAGGGCUACUGAGCCAACAGGCAGCCACCAGCCAACACCAGCAAGGGGUGCCAAGGCUUCCAGCUCCUCAGGCUCCCUCUGUGCUCUCAAGCACAACAUCUCAGCAGCAGCAGCAGCACCAUCACCACCCUAGCCCUUCAGAGCCAAAGAGACCAUCCCCUUUGCUGCUGGCAAAAAGCCCUGACCCACAGCCAUCUCCCACCCAGAAACACCAGCCUACUUUUCCCAGUUCGCUGCUGCCCCGCGACUCAGCAACUGCUGCCCAGAGCACAGGGGAAACAGUUCCUGGGGGCUGCAGCCUCAGAGAGUCAGAGGGUCUUUCCACCAAAGAACCUGUUGAGCUGGGGCUGGUCAAUGGGCAGAUGGUGGAAUUGGCUUCACCUCCAGCAGGAAGGGUCCCAUCUCUGCCUGGAGACCCUCCAAUUGUUUGCAUCAAGCAGGAACCCAAGGAAGAGGUGGCUCAGUGUGCCCUGAUGAGCAACACCCAGCCGGUCAAACGGGAAGCAAAUGGGGAUACUGUGUCAGCCUCAGCUACAGUAUCCAUGACUACGAACAGCCUCACUCGCACUGAAGCCAGCCACCUCUUGCUGCAGAAACUGCUCAGAGCCAAGAAUGUGACACUGGCCACACAGCGUUCCAGUGAUGUCAAUGGCCAUGUGGAUGGCAAGUUGGCUGGGGUAGAGGGCCGGAUACAGAUGGCACCAGAUGGGCGAGAGGAUACACUAGUGGCAAAGAAACCUCCACCACCAAAGCCCAAGCGGUCUCAGAAAGCCGGGGAACGACUUGCCAAUUCCCGCAAAAAGCUGCGAAAGGAGGAUGGAGUGAAGUCCAAUGAGGCCCUGAUGAAACAACUGAAGCAGGAACUCUCCUUGCUGCCUCUGAUGGAACCUGUUAUCACAGCCAAUUUCAACCUUUUCUCACCCUUUGGAAGCAGUCCCAUCAAUGGCAAGAGCCAGUUGAAAGGCUCCUUUGGUCAUGCUGCCUUGGACAGUAUUCCAGAUUACUACUCACAACUGCUCACCAAGAACAACUUGAGCAACCCGCCAACACCACCUUCUUCACUGCCUCCCACCCCACCACCGUCUGUACAGCAAAAGCUGGUGAAUGGAGUCCUGUCUUCUGAGGAGCUGACUGAACAGCCCAAGGAGACUGUGUUGCCUCGUCGUGAACCUGAAGGGCAAAAAGAUGUCCCCCCUAUGGAAGUGAAAAGCUUAGACCUUUUGGCAGCUCUGCCCACACCACCACACAACCAGACUGAGGAUGUCAGAAUGGAGAGUGAUGAGGAAAGCGACUCCCCUGAUAGCAUCGUCCCAGCCUCAUCCCCGGAGAGUGUCCUGGGAGAAGAGGUGCCACGCUUUCCUCUAUUGACUGGAGCCAAGGCUGAGUUGGAGGAACGCUCACUCUCCCCCAUCAUACCCAUAAUCCCAAAGGCCAGCAUCCCAGCCUUCCCAAAUGCCAAGUCUUAUGGAGCCUUGGAGCAAGUAGGGAAAGGUGUACCAGGCACUUCUUGGGACAAAGCUAAGAGCAGCGAGGUCUCCGUCAUGCUCACAGUAUCUGCAGCUGCUGCCAAGAAUCUGAAUGGUGUCAUGGUGGCAGUGGCAGAGUUGUUAAGCAUGAAGAUCCCCAGUUCUUAUGAAGUGCUAUUUCCAGACAGCCCAAUGCGAAAUGCCAUCAAUGAAUCCAGAAAAGGUGAACCUGACACACAGAGCAAAGAAAAGCCAGUGACUCCAAGGGGUCCAGAGGGUGGUCCAGAGUGGCUGAAACAGUUUGAUGCCAUGCUGCCUGGUUACAGCCUCAAAAAUGAGCUGGACAUCUUGACCUUGCUUAAACAGGAGAAUCCAGCUCCAGAAAAGACUUCCCAACACUGCUAUAUCAAUAAUGUCGCCAAUCUAGAUGUACGGCAGCUUUUGACGCUUCCUGAAGAACCUUCUCCACCCCUUUCCCCAUUUGCGCCCUCUCCACCUAGUCCCCCCAGAAUUCCAGAGCCAGUCCCUGAGCCUGAGGCACCACCUCCAUCUUCUGCAUCUCCACCACUGCCGCUGCCACUGCCACCUCCUCCUUCUCCACCUCACCCAUUGCUCUCCACCAAGGAGGAAGCUCCUCUAUCCCCACUCAAGGCCAAGCCACGCUCUCGUCCCCUAGAAGACAAUGAGGAGAACAAGCCACGGUUGAAGAAGUGGAAAGGGGUGCGCUGGAAACGGCUCCGCUUCCUCAUCACUAUCCAGAAGGGUGGCGCCAAGCGUGAUGGGGAAAGGGAGAUUGCCGAGUUCAUUGAUCGCUUGGCCACCACUCUUCGGCCUGACAAAGUGCCACGAGACUUACGGAAAUGCUGCUUUUGCCACGAGGAAGGAGACGGGGCAACAGAUGGCCCAGCCCGUCUCCUGAACCUGGACCUGGACCUGUGGGUACAUCUCAAUUGUGCCCUUUGGUCCACAGAGGUUUAUGAGACCCAAGGUGGAGCCCUCAUCAACGUGGAAGUGGCCCUGCACAGGGGCCUGCUCACCAAAUGCUCGCUUUGCCAGAAGACAGGGGCCACCAACAGCUGCAACCGCAUCCGCUGCCCUAAUGUCUACCACUUUGCCUGCGCCAUCCGGGCCAAGUGCAUGUUCUUCAAGGACAAGACGAUGCUGUGUCCGCUCCACAAACUCAAGGGCCCCUGUGACCAGGAGCUCAGCACCUUCACUGUCUUCCGGCGGGUCUAUAUUGAGCGGGAUGAGGUCAAACAGAUUGCCAGCAUCAUUCAGCGUGGGGAGCGCCUCCACAUGUUCCGUGUGGGAGGCCUGGUCUUCCAUGCCAUCGGGCAGCUCCUGCCCCACCAGAUGGCAGACUUCCACAGCGCCACUGCUCUCUACCCUGUUGGCUAUGAGGCCACCCGCAUCUAUUGGAGCUUACGGACCAAUAACCGGCGCUGCUGCUACCGCUGCACCAUCUGCGAAAACAAUGGCCGGCCUGAGUUUGUGGUGCAAGUGAUGGAACAGGGUCUGGAAGACUUGGUUUUUAUAGACUCUUCACCACAGGCUGUGUGGAACCGCAUCAUUGAACCAGUCGCCAUGAUGCGCAAGGAAGCAGACAUGCUGCGACUUUUCCCAGAGUAUCUAAAGGGAGAAGAGCUCUUUGGUUUGACAGUACAUGCUAUACUGCGUAUUGCAGAAUCCCUGCCUGGUGUAGAAAGCUGCCAGAACUAUCUGUUCCGCUAUGGACGCCAUCCACUCAUGGAACUGCCACUCAUGAUCAAUCCUACUGGAUGUGCUCGAUCAGAGCCCAAAAUCCUUACACACUACAAACGGCCCCACACGCUGAACAGCACCAGCAUGUCCAAAGCCUACCAGAGCACAUUCACAGGUGAAACCAACACACCUUACAGCAAGCAGUUUGUACACUCAAAGUCCUCACAGUACCGGCGCCUCAAGACAGAGUGGAAAAAUAACGUGUACCUGGCACGCUCCCGGAUCCAGGGGCUGGGGCUCUACGCUGCCAAAGAUCUCGAGAAGCACACGAUGGUCAUUGAAUACAUAGGCACCAUAAUCCGCAAUGAGGUGGCUAACCGACGUGAGAAGAUCUACGAGGAACAGAACCGAGGGAUCUACAUGUUUCGAAUCAACAAUGAGCAUGUCAUUGAUGCCACACUAACAGGUGGUCCUGCAAGGUACAUCAAUCACUCCUGUGCUCCCAACUGCGUGGCUGAGGUUGUGACCUUUGACAAGGAGGACAAGAUAAUAAUCAUCUCCAGUCGCAGAAUACCCAAGGGAGAGGAGCUGACAUAUGACUACCAGUUUGAUUUUGAAGAUGAUCAGCACAAAAUCCCAUGCCAUUGUGGAGCCUGGAACUGCAGGAAAUGGAUGAACUAGCCCAAAGAGGCUCUUCAAACGAGGCAGUGGGUGGGAAACACACCCUGAACUGCCUGGCACAAGCAGCGCAGGAGAGAGAGAGGCUGUUCUGCCAGCUCUCCCAACCCUCCAGCGCAGCCGAGAGAAUCACCUAGGGAGAGCACGAUUGGAUUCGACCACCCCAACAUGCUGGUGGAGGCAGUUGGGACCCAAAUCAAGCAGGGCGGCAUCAGCGUAUCUGCCACUGCAUACCAGUCUUGGUUAAGUUCUAAGACCAAGCUGACUGGUUCUGGCUGUCAGGUUUAGCUGUCUACUCCUUCCAGGACAGGGCAGCCUGCUUUUCCCCAGCAGAAGACAACAGCCACUAGCAGCUCCAUCUGGGGUGGGAAACUGAUAAACCGGCAACUCAGGGUUUUCUUUUUAGGAUUUUCAUUUUCUUUUGAAGCAGAAACGGGGAGCCCUUCUGCCCCCGUAAUUAAUGGACUUCAGAAAUAUACUGGGAGGAGAUUGGGGCAUUCUAUCUAGCAGAGCUGGAGGAAGUGGGCUGCAGCAUGGCUAUUGGAUCCCCAGGGAAACUUUGUAACUUUUUUCCUGUGUGGGUGUGUGUGUUUAGGGAACCUUUGUGUGUGCGUGACAGAUUUUUUAAAAAGAACCUACUAUCUAUUGCUUGCUAAUGUACCAAGGUAACAGGAGGCUUCAAAGAGACUCAUUAGCUUGACAAUCCACCUUCCAGAGCCCCUCUGGCUCUGGUUUUUUUUAUACAUUUAGGUAUUUGAUUUGGAAGCGGGGGGGGGGGGGAGUGUGUGUACAUGUGAUUUUUGGAAAAAGUAAUUUCUCAGUGGCAAGUAGGUCUUGACUUGCAGAAGCUGGAAAUAGCCCUUCCCUUUCUUUGCCCCUUUCCCACCCCCUUGGCCCAUCUUCCAUGCGCGAGGAGCAUCCGCACUUGAACCUACCUCAUUUGAAGUGUUAGACUUUGCUAAUGUUGUUUUUGGUCUGUUUUCUCUAAUGUGAGCCCCUCGCUGUGCCACCAUUUUGCUUUUUGAGCCCUCUUCCCUGAAGAUGGAGAACCACAGCUGCCACAGCAAAUGUGGAACAGGUUUCAGGGAGAGGUAGGGAGUGUUUCUCUCUGGGAUUGUCCUUCCCCCUUCUGAAACCAAAAGUGAGGUUCAAUCUCCUAAAACCCUUCCAGAGUGAAUAGCUGAAAUGAGCACUGUGGGUUCCCAGCCACCAACAGAGGAGAGAGGCAGAUCACACUGCAAAGUAUGAUGCAGUUUGAACAUGCCACCUCUUGGGGAACAACAAGCUUCUGGUCACCACACAAUGCCAAGCUCAGCACUUCUCUCCAGUGGAGCCCAAACCCUUUUUUGCCUGCCUGCAGAGUGGGGAGCAUGUGCUUCACUAAGGGGCUGGUGAUCAGUCCUCAAAUGGAGAGGGAGUGAGAUUUGGCUCUUAGCUAAUCCCUAUAAUUCCAGUUCCUAAUCUCUGUUUCCCAUGAUCAACUUGCUGCUCCGAAGACUUGUGUGUAUGAGUGAGAGAAAGAUGUUGGCACAUUGCAGAGUUUGGGAUUAUUUAUCUAUAUAUAUAUAUAUAGUGUAUAUAUUUGAAUUAGCAUGGAGAGGAAUGCCCUGGCUGCAGAGUUUUCUAAACUGCUGGCUGGAUCUCUGUAGAAAUCCUCCCCUCCCACUGCCACCCUCCCCGGCUGGAUGGGAGCAAGAGGGAGACUUCCUGACAAAAAUUGGGCCGGAAAGGGGAUUAAAUAAAGAGCCCGUCUGUAUGCUUUCUUUCUCUGUGUCUGUAUAUAGAAAUAUCCCUUUCUUUUCUAAAAAAGAAAAAAAAUCAAUUUAUAAUCAAUAGCUUAAGAGCCAUCGGCCCAGCAGCAUCUUCCCCAAUGUAGGGAGAUUCCUUAUUAACAGAAGACAAAAUGUGGGCAUUAUGCAGGACACACCCAGACACACCAUCUAAAACAUACACACACUCUCCCUGCUGUUGAACAAGGACAUUGGAAGAUUGCUGUACCCAGGAACCUAAGUAUUUAGGGGGCAGGAAGGUGGCAAGAGUUGCAGGGUCUUUACUGAUAAGGCUUUCUUGAUGAACUUUGUACAGUUGAGAUCUUUUAACGCACAAUUGCACCAUUUCCCCACUCCCCCUUUAAAAUAGUCACACUUUCCCCAUCAUGCCUCUAUGAGUGGCAUUAUGAGAUCUAGCAGUUCAUAUUCUCAUCUGAUCAACAGACAAUACAGAGAGAGGAAGUGAAGGUGGCAGUGGCUUACCUUUCAUAAUGGGGGGUGAGCUGGGGCAUAAAAUCAGGGUUAGUGCAUAAGUAUCUUUGUCUUUGAACUUAUUGAUGAGAACCAUGUUCUUGAGUGAAAAAGCUGCUUCUGCAAACCGUUCUGAGCUAUGACGGUUGAAUACAGUGGGGAGGGGAAAUGACAAAUUAUUAAAGUAAUUAAAAUUGUAAAUAAGAUGAAAUUUGUGUAAAAAGGGGGGAUUUUUAUCAGUAACAAAACCACUGGAUGUUGUUUUAAAAUAAAAGUUUUUAGUUAAAGCCAGUAUACAUUUUUGUCUCUUUCAAUUUAUUUGUGUGUCUUUCCAUUAAUUUGGAAAGCUGUAAAGAUGUAAAAAAAAAGUUUAAAAGAAUUGCUACAAAGUUUAAAAGCUUGAGAGAGAUUUUAAAAAAAUGAUAAAGUGACUGAAUAUAAUAGAUUGUCAAGAUUUUUUUGGAUGACGGUUAGUUUAAAAUAAUCCUGUAGAUUUUAGCUGAUGAAGAAAGACUAUACAGUUUUUAAUUUUUAUAUAAACUAUAACCCGGUCUUGAAGCUAAAAACUUUUUUAAAGUUCUCUGCCUGUAUAAUUGCAUUUGACGCCUUGUCCCAUACUUCUGUUUACAGUUGCACAUAUUAUAUAUAUUAAGUUUUAACCCUUUUAUGAACCCAAAAUAAUCACUUUUUAAAAAAAUAAAGUGUGGACUUUGUGAGGAA